AUGGCUUCCCGAAACCCCCUUCUCUCCCUUCAUCGUCGCUGUCGUGUUCAGUAUUUGUAUCAAUAUCAUUAUCCUGCCUCUCCCACAAAGAAUCUUCUAGCUGCGAACCAUCUCUUACGUUCAUUCAUCAGCCCCCAUCAGCAGCGGAAAAUGGGGUCGACUGCCGGAAAGAAGAAUGAGUAUUUGGUAAUUGUGCCGGAUAAGGAGGGGUCAUUGCAGAGGAGAAUAGAUGUUCGAAAUGUUCACCUCGCCAACAUUAAACCAGUACUAGACUCCGGAUUUCUCAAACUUGGAGUCCUCCAAUUUGUGUCUGAUAUUGCCAGAACCGGAGAACUGGAAAAUUGCAAAAGCCAUCAAGUUAAUCAAUUGGAUUUCCAGGAGCAUUGCUUGAAUAUCAUCCUGAAGAAGGACAGACACCCCCCAUGA